AUGGAUACCCUCACGCAUGUACUUGUGCUUCCAGAGGCCUUGGAAAGGCUCGAUUCCCCCUCUAUCAUUAUUCCCCGAACCGCAAACACGUCAGAAGAAGUAGUGCCGUAUGCCCAUCUUACUGAUUUGACACAAUCUUUGCAGCAUGACCUCGCCACUCUCGGAAUCUCGGUUGGCAGUAAGGUAGCGAUAGUGUUGCCCAAUGGCCUUGCAUUUGUAACCGUUUUACUUGCAACUAUCCGGCAACGUGCCAUUUCAGCACCAAUCCACCCCAACUCCACGCGGGAGGAGUGCAAGCAGAUCUUUUCUCUCAUGACUCCGGAUCUGGUUGCUGUGAUGCCUUCUGAAGCCAGUCCGGCGGCGGCGGCUGUGCUUGCUGCUCAGGACUUGGGCCUGCCAGUAGCCUCAUGCCACAGAUAUCCGCAAAGUGGACGACUGAGCUUUUGUUUAGCAUUGAAGCUGUUGGGAGUCCCACUAUUGGAGGUUUAUGGAAUGACCGAGACAGCUCCAGCAAUAUUCUGCAACCCAUUUCCGGUGACGGAAACAAGUACCGCUAUCAAAAGACAUCCAGGUCAAUACCCUAUUCCUGACGCCGUAGAUGUCAUGAUCCUACCACCAGAGCGAGCACCGGGUUUGGAACCCAAUGGCGAUCUUGAUGGAAUCGAAAACACAGAGCCCGUGGCCAGACUCACCAAAGAACUCGGUGUUAAGGGAGAGAUUUGUCUUCGGGGUAAGAAUAUCAUGGCGGGUUAUACUAAUAACCCUGCCGCGAACAGGGAAGCAUUUCUACCCAAUGGAUUUUUCCGCACCGGUGACCUUGGUGUGAUAAAACCACGCCAGUACUUGGCCUUGAUCGGAAGGGUCAAAGAGAUCAUCAACAAGGGCGGCGAAAAAAUCAGCCCUGCCGAAAUCGAGCAUGUGGCUCGGUUACAUGAUCAAGUCAACGAUGCUGCUUGCUUCCGGAUCAGUGACGAGAUAUAUGGUGAGGUUAUUGGUACGUAA